CAAAGUCAGCUCUGUGUCAUAUGACUUUCUUUUCAUUAUCAGACCAUCAUGCCUCCUCUGCACAUCUGUUCCCUGAUUCUGUGUUCUAUCUCUGCUGUAUUUUCUUCACCUGUGGGUCGAGACUCCGUCUGUGGUUAUAAGUCAUGUCCUGCCACAAAGCCAUCCAUGCUGAACGUCCAUUUGGUUCCUCACACCCAUGACGAUGUAGGUUGGCUGAAGACAGUGGAUCAAUACUACUAUGGAGACCGAAACAAUAUCCAGCAUGCAGGGGUUCAAUAUAUUCUGGACUCUGUCGUCGACCAGCUACAGAAGGAUCCGGCCCGGCGCUUUAUAUAUGUUGAGAUCGCCUUCUUUUACCGCUGGUGGAAGCAACAGGACCAGAACACCCGGCGAAUCGUAACCCAGCUGGUGAAUGAGGGUCGUCUUGAGUUCAUAAAUGGCGGAUGGUGUAUGAGCGAUGAAGCCACUACGCACUACAGUGCUGUGAUAGAUCAAAUGAGUCUGGGCUUGCGUUUUCUGAACGACACGUUCGGUGAGUGUGGCCGUCCCCGAGUAGCCUGGCACAUCGACCCUUUCGGACAUGCCCGAGAACACGCCUCUGUCUUUGCACAGAUGGGCUAUGAUGGUUUCUUUUUCGGCCGUUUGGACUAUCAAGACAAAGGUCGCAGAAUGAGAACCAAAGAGAUGGAGAUGGUUUGGAGAGCCAGUGAAAGCCUGAAGCCUCCUGUUGCUAAUCUUUUCACAGGUGUCCUUCCCAAUGGCUAUAAUCCACCUGCUGGUUUCUGCUGGGACCAGUCAUGUGAUGAUGCUCCCAUUAGAGAUGACCCAGACCUUGAGGACUACAAUGUGGAUAUGAUAGUACAGAACUUUUUGAGCACUGCCAAUAGUCAGGCUACAUAUUAUAAAACAAACCAUAUCAUCAUGACCAUGGGUUCAGACUUCCAGUAUGAGAAUGCCAAUCUCUGGUAUAAGAAUAUGGAUAAGUUGAUUAAGUACGUUAAUGCUUUGCAAGCUAACGGGAGCAAAGUGAACGUGCUUUAUUCCACCCCUUCCUGCUACCUGCAAGAGCUCAAUCUAGCCAACCUCACCUGGCCUCUGAAGACCGAUGAUUUCUUCCCCUAUGCUGAUGACGCUCAUGAUUUCUGGACGGGUUAUUUCACCAGCCGCCCCGCACUGAAAUUAUACGAAAGACUGAGCAACAGCCGACUGCAGACCUGCAACCAGCUUGAGGUACUCGGGGGGCCUAAGUCCAGAUCGGGACCUUUUGGAGAUGGCGACAGUGAUACCAUGAAGAGGGCGAUGGGUGUGGCCCAACAUCAUGAUGCAGUGUCUGGUACGGAGAAACAGCAUGUGGCAUACGACUAUGCCAAGAGACUAGCUCGAGGCUGGGCACAUUGUGAGGUGCUGAUUCGAAAUUCUCUAGCUGUUCUUAGUGGUUCUGAAGCUCCUCGUGUAAUGUGUGAGAAUCUCAACAUCAGUGUCUGUCCGCUCACAGAAAGCAGCCAUAAGUUUUCUAUGAACGUGUACAAUCCUCUUGCGAGGGUUGUAAGCUGGCCUGUGCGUUUGCCUGUCAAUGGUUCCCAGUAUAGUGUUACUGAUGCGAAUGGCAAAGCAGUGGACUGUCAGGUGGUCCCUCUGUCCAAAUCCACACAGGAAGUGAGACGAAACAGGGGUUAUGCCAAAGGUGAGCUGGUAUUCCAGGUUGAAGCUCCUCCUCUCGGCUACACGACGUACGUCAUCUCCUUGCUUCAGGACGGGCCUCCAGAAGACAAAAUCGAACACGGAGCCCCUCCUUCUAUUCAGAACAAGUUCCUGAAGGUGACUUUUGAUAAUAACACUGGUCUGUUAAAGACCCUGACCAACCUGGAAACUCAACAGACCAUUCAACUCUCACAGAACUUCUACUGGUACAAUGCAAGUGCAGGGAAUAACUAUGAGAGUAACCAGCCAUCAGGAGCUUACAUCUUCAGACCGAAUUCAUCAACACCCUUUAUCGUCAACAAAACUGCACAAAUAGAGGUUGUUACCGUAUCCGGUGUGGUACAAGAGGUGACGCAGCGGUUUAGUCCGUGGGUGUCGCAAGUUGUCCGGUUGUACGAGGGGCGCAGGGAGCUGGAGUUGGAGUGGACCGUGGGACCCGUGCCCAUCAAGGAUGGCUUAGGGAAAGAGGUGAUCACACGUUUGGACACAGACAUCCAGUCUUCUGGCUAUUUCUACACCGAUUCCAAUGGCAGAGAGGUUCUAGAGCGACGGAAAGAUUAUCGGCCCACGUGGGAUUUGAAGCAGUCUGAGCCAAUCGCAGGAAACUACUAUCCGAUCAACUCUCGCGCCUUUAUAAAGGAUGACAAGCGUCAGCUGACAGUGGUGACGGAUCGCUCUCAGGGGGUCGGCAGCAUCUAUAAUGGCUCGCUGGAAAUCAUGCUGCACAGGAGACUUCUAUAUGAUGACGUUAGGGGGGUUGGCGAGCCGCUUUCUGAGCCAGGAGAGUUUUAUGAUGGUUUAGUUGUGCGUGGCCGUCUACUGUUGACCCUCACACCCCCAGACCAAGCCGCAGAUACCCAUAGACCCCUCGCUCAGGGCAUGGUGCUGCAGCCCCUUCUGUCCUUCCAAGACGGCACACCUUCCACCAAUAGCAAACUGGAGUUCUCUGGGCUUCAGGCUGCUCUGCCCCCAGCUGUUCACAUGCUGACACUGUCUCAGUGGGACAAAGACUCAAUUUUGAUUAGGUUGGAACAUCAGUACGAGGCCAAAGAGAGCAAAACCUACUCGCAGCCUGUUACUGUCAACCUGCAGAAGCUGUUUUCUACCAUUAAGGUGCUCGGGGCAUCUGAGAUGAGUCUUGGGGCAAACCAAUGGAAAAAGGAUAUGACACGUCUGUCGUGGAAUAAUGAAAUGAAUGUGAAACCUGUUCCUGUCAGCGAUAAAGACCCCUCGCCAUGGGAAGUAACAUUAAACCCAAUGGAGAUCCGUACCUUUCUGUUACAGGUGCAGCAAUAGAUCUGACUAUCAUCGCCAUCAGACAUUGUUUCACUGAAUUACAUGAUAAAAUUGCACAAAAAUUUAUGUAAAAAAUCCUGUUGUAUAAUCCAUUCCAAUUUAAUGGACGGAAAAUAAAUUAUGCUGUAUAUGUUUUUUAAGUCAAGUUUUUGAAUUAUUAAAUACAUUUUCAACAGUUACUUUUCUGGUGAAUGGUUUGACACAAUAAAGAUGAAAGUAAACUAUCCAUAUGGUACACAUUAUGAGUACUCUCACUGUGCCAAUUCAUCUGGUCAAAGUUUUUGAUUCUUGUAUUUUUUUUUACUGCUACUGUGCCUUUCAUAUGAAAAUGACAACUUUUUCAUGAAUUAAACUGUGGAAUGAAAUAAAAAAUAUACAUGUA